AUGAACCCGGCGGAGUACCAGGGCCAGGACCAAAAGAUACACGAUCUGCGGCGGGAAGCGAACCCGGUGACGCGGGCGAACCUCGUCUCGUGGUACACGUUCUGGUGGCUGAAGAACCUGUUCCAGACGGGCCUGAAGCGGCCGAUCGAAGAAACCGACAUCUAUGACACGCUGUCGCAACACCAAAGCGCCCAGCUGGCGUUCGAAUUCGAGCGGCAGUGGAAGCAGGAACGGAAACGGAACCAGCAGAGCCCGAGCUUCCUGCGCGUCAUCUGCCGCAUCUACUGGCGCCACAUCCUGGGCUACGGAUCGAUGUACACGAUCGUCGACCUGAUGGCGCGAAUCCUGCAGCCGCAGUGCCUGGGCGGGUUGGUGUCGUACUUUGCACCGGGCCAGAGCACCAUCGGCAAGCGCGAGGCAUACUACUACGCGACCGGCAUCAUCCUGUGCUCGUUCGUCCCGGUGGCCAUCUUUCACCACUUCAUACUGUACAUUUUCCAAAUCGGCAUGAAGAUCCGUGUCGCGUGCUGCUCGCUGCUGUACAAGAAGGCACUGCGGAUUACGAAAGCCGCCGCGACGGACGGGAUGACCGGUCAGGUUAUCAAUCUGAUGUCGAACGAUGUGGCCAAGUUCGACAUCGCCACCGGAUUCGUCCAUGACAUCUGGAAGGGACUGAUCGAGCUGCUGGUGCUCGGGUACUUUAUCUACCAGCAGAUCGGCGUGACGGGACUGUUCGGGAUUGCGUUUUUGCUUAGCUUCAUUCCACUGCAAGCAUGGCUCGGCAAGAAGGCGGCCACGUUCCGGCUGAAGACGGCCAACCGCACCGACCGGCGGAUACAGUUCAUGAACGAAAUCAUCCAGGGCAUCCAGGUGAUUAAGAUGUACGCCUGGGAGGGCAGCUUCAGCCGCACGGUGGACCGCAUCCGGCGGAAGGAGGUGGCCGGCAUCCGGGGCACGCUCUUCAUCCGGGCCGGGCUGCUAUCGUUCAAUCUCGUGUCCCGGGUGGCGAUCUUCCUCAGCCUGUGCGCGUACGUCCUGCACGGCAACGCGUUCACCGCCAAGAAGGUGUUCAUCGUGACGUCCUACUUCAACUGGCUCUACAGCUCGAUGCUCCACUUCUGGCCGCUGGCGCUGACAUCCGUGCACGAGGGGCUGGUCUCGAUAAGGCGCAUCGAGGGCUUUCUGCUGCUGGCGGAAAAGAAAUUCCAACCGGCCGCCGCCGCCGGCCGGAAGGGUGCCCCCGUGCCGGGCGCCGGGCAAGAUGAAAGUGAGCUCCAGCUGCUGACCGGUCUCGGGGGCCCCGGGGCGGCAAACGCAAACGGUGGUAUGGCCGUCGUCGACGGUGGACCACCCAAAAGCAAGCGCUUCGUCAACCGCAAGGCCGUUACGCGGCACGGCAUCUUUAUGCGCGACGGUACGGCGCUCUGGGAGAAGGAACCGGCCCGCGACUCGGAUGGACUGCUGCGAGGAAAUGGGCUCCGAGGUGUGACGCUGGCGGUGGAACGGGGUACCCCGUGCGUGGUGGUCGGACCGGUGGGCUGCGGUAAGUCAACGCUGCUGCAGGUAGCGCUCGGCGAGCUGGAGCUGGACGAGGGCCGGCUGGAUGUGAACGGCAGCGUGAGCUACGCUCCGCAGGAACCGUGGCUGUUCGAGGGCACGGUCAAGAACAACAUCGUCUUCACGGAGGACUACCAGGAGAAGCGGUACCGGGAGGUGGUCCGCGUUUGUGCCCUCGAGCGCGACUUUCGGCUGCUGCCAGCCGGCGACCAGACGGUGGUCGGCGAGCGCGGCAUCAGCCUGAGCGGGGGCCAGCGGGCCCGCGUCAGCCUGGCGCGGGCCGUGUACCGCCGGGCGGACAUCUACCUCCUGGACGACCCGCUCUCAGCCGUCGACACGCACGUCGGGAAGCACAUCUUCGAGCAGUGCAUCCUGCAGUACUUAAAGGACAAAGUUUGCGUGCUGGUAACGCACCAACUUCAGUACUUAAAGGACAUCGACCAUGUCGUGCUAAUGAACGUGGGGCGCGUCGAAGCGCAGGGCGCGUUCCGGGCGCUGGCCGCGACCGGCAAGUUCUCGGCGCUGCAGGACCAAACGCAGGACGUGCAGGAGCCGCCGCCCGGAGGGGAGCUGGACGAUGACGCAUCGCCACUUGACGCCACCCAGGGCAAGGAUAAUGGCCGACCGUCGCUCCGGCACUCCGAUAGUGUCGGGAGCGGUGGCGGAAUUGAAUACGAUACCAUCGGCAACAGCAUUGACAGUGGCAGCGCCUGGGGCACCACCGGUGGAACCGAUUCGCGCCGUAAUCGCCGCUUAACAUUCGGUUUCAAUUUCCUUCAGCCGACGGUGCAACCGACGCCGGCACAGCACCAGCCGGCCCACCAGCAGCACCAGUCGCUCUACCAACCGUCCCCGUUCUCGUCGAGCAGCAUGGUGUUCGAUGGGUUCGACGAACGCCCGAACCCGGCGGCGGUGGCCAAUGGGCACCCCGGCACGGUCGGCAAGGAAUCUCAACUGACCGGCCAGGUGGGCUGGAGGGUGUACCGGAGCUUUUUCCAGGCGGUCGAAAGUAACCUACUGCUGGCGCUGGCCGUCGCCCUGUUCCUGCUGGCCCAGGCCAGCAUGAGUGGCCUCGAUUACUACAUCUCGCAGUGGGUCAACUGGGAGGAGUACGUCAGUGCGCUGGAGCGCUUGCGGGCUAACGUGUCGGCGGUCGCACCGGAAGGUGCUGGUGCCGGUAACGAUACUAGCGACCCGACCGACCCACUACUGCCGAUACCGGCCAAACUGGCCGGGAGCAUCUUCACCCGGAUGUCGCGCCAUGAGUACAUCCUGACGUACGGCAUCGCGAUGCUGCUCAUGUUCGGGCUCUCGCUGAGCAGAUCGUUCCUGUUCUUCUACGUGUGCCUGCGGGCCACGAUCCGGCUGCACGAUCGGUUGUUCCGCGGUAUCACCCGGGCCACCAUGUACUUUUUCAACACGAACCCGUCCGGCCGGAUACUGAACCGUUUUUCGCGCGAUAUUGGCUGCAUCGAUACGUUUCUGCCGUUCGCCAUGAUGGACUGCAUUCUGUUCUUCGUAGAGUUCUCCGCCAUCAUCGUGCUGGUGGCGGUCGUGAACUCCUGGCUCCUGCUGCCGACGGCCGUCAUGGGGAUCGCUUUCUACUGUCUGCGCCACGUGUACACCAACACGGCGCGGAGCAUCAAACGCGUGGAGGCAUCCACCCGGAGCCCCAUCUUUUCGCAUGCCAACGCAUCCUUCCAGGGGCUCACGACGAUACGGGCGUUUGGCGUGGAGAAGAUUCUGGCCGACGAGUUCGACAAGCACCAGGACCUGAACACUUCCGCGUGGUACCUCUUCCUCGCGACAACCCGUGCCUUCGCCCAGUGGCUGGAGAUGGUGUGCGUGCUGUACAUCGCUGUCGUUACGCUCAGCUUUCUGGUGGUCGAGGACUCGAUGAGCGGCAACGUCGGGCUGGCCAUCACGCAGGUGUUCAAUCUGAUCUUCAUGUGCCAGUGGGGCAUGCGGCAGACGGCGGAGCUCGAGAACCAGAUGACGUCCGUGGAGCGGGUGCUUGAGUACGCCGAGGUGCAACCGGAGCCACCGCUCGAGACGAGCCCAAAGCACGCCCCGGGUGCCGGAUGGCCCGCGGCCGGCGCCAUACGGUUCGAGCAGUUCUCGCUCCGCUACUCACCGCACGCUGCCAUGGUGUUGCGUGACCUCAACCUUGCGGUCGGUGCCGGCGAGAAGAUCGGCAUCGUCGGCCGGACCGGAGCCGGCAAAUCAUCCCUCAUACAGGCGCUGUUCCGGCUGGCGGUGAACGAGGGCCUCGUGUACGUGGACGGCGUGGACAUUGGCACACUCGGACUGCACGAUCUGCGCCGGCGCAUCUCGAUCAUCCCGCAGGACCCGAUCCUGUUCUCUGGCACGGUGCGCGAAAAUUUGGACCCCUUCCGGCAGCACGCGGACACCGAACUGUGGACGGCUCUCGGGCAGGUGGAACUCAAGGGCACGGUGCAGGCGAUGGAGGGUGGCCUGGAUGGGCGGAUGGCGGACGGUGGAGCGAACUUUAGCAUGGGCCAGCGGCAGCUGGUCUGUCUGGCCCGGGCCAUCCUGCGCCGCAACCGCAUCCUGAUACUGGACGAGGCAACGGCCAACGUGGACCCGGAGACGGACAAGCUCAUCCAGCGGACCAUCCGGGAGCAGUUCGGCGACUGCACCGUGCUGACGAUCGCCCACCGCCUGCACACCGUGAUGGACAGCGACCGGGUGCUGGUGAUGGAUGCGGGCCGAGUGGUGGAGUUUUCGCACGCCCACGAGCUGCUCCAGCGCACGUCCGGGGCCCUGAAGCGGCUGGUCGGCCAAACGGAGCCCGCCACGGCGGACGCCCUGGCGCAGAUGGCGCUCGAGAGCUACCAACGGCGACGGCUGACGCAAUCGGGCUCAAAGUAGCGACUGAGCAGGUGACGUGCCGUGUCCCGGAAUCUCCUG